AUGGCUAAGGAUGGUUUAGGACUAGAAAUUGAACUAACGUUGGCUCUUCCCGGAGGUGGUGGUGAAUCUGGUGGUUCGAUGGAGAAAAAAGGGAAGAAAAGGGUGUUUUCUGAAUUUUCCGGUGACGAGACGAGGGAGGCGAAGAAGAAUCAAGUUGUGGGAUGGCCACCGGUAUGUUCUUACCGGCGGAAGAAUAGCUUUAGUGAGGAAGAGGGAACGAAAAUGUACGUGAAAGUUAGCAUGGAUGGUGCCCCUUUUCUUCGCAAGAUUGAUUUGAGUACACAUGAGGCGUAUUCUAGUCUUCUCAUGUCUCUUGAAAAACUCUUUUGCUGCUAUAUUGGUCAGUAA